AUGCACCACGAGCUAUCCACACCUCCCUCAGGCCGCACAUCUCUCUAUCCGCACCUCCCUCUGUCCGCAUCUCCCUCUAUCCGCAUCUCCCUCUAUCCGCACCUCCCUCUAUACGCAUCCCCCUCUUUCACCAUCCCCCCCUAUCCGCAUCUCCCCCUAUCCGCAUCUCCCUCUGUCCCCAUCUCCCUCCCUUUCCCCAUCUCCCUCUGUCCCCAUCUCCCUCCCUUUCCCCAUCUCCCUCUGUCCCCAUCUCCCUCUAUCCGCAUCUCCCUCUUUCACCAUCCCCACCUAUCCGCAUCUCCCCCUAUCCGCAUCUCCCGUCCCCAUCUCCCUCUGUCCCCAUCUCCCUCUGUCCCCAUCUCCCUCUGUCUGCAUCUCCCCAGGUCCUCACAUCCCUCUGUACCCAUCUCCCUCUGUCCCCAUCUCCCUCUGUCCCCAUCUCCCUCCAUCCGCAUCUCCCUCUUUCACCAUCCCCACCUAUCCGCACCCCCCCCUAUCCGCAUCUCCCUCUGUCCCCAUCUCCCUCUGUCCCCAUCUCCCUCUGUCCCCAUCUCCCUCUGUCCCCAUUGUUGGCCCUAG